AUGGAAGUUGCGGACGUGAUAAGCAUAACAAAACCUAUCCCCAGAUCAGACUUGGGUGAUGUCAGCGACUUUGACGACUUUGACGAGAACGAGGAUAUUGAAAUUUCCGAUGUCGAGAUGGAUGAACAACAAGGCCAACAUCAGAGACAACAACAGAGACAACAACGCAAUCUUGCACAGAAUGCUAUUGUAACGCCAGGUGAGUUGAUUACUGAGGAUCCGAUGUGGAUGAAAGGUCACGGGACAUAUUUUAUAAACGACAAGACAUAUUCCUCUGUGGUAGGUAACAUCCUGCGAGUCAAUAGGUUGCUCUCGGUGAACCCAAUCCGUGGGAAGUACCAACCUGAGACUGGUGACCACGUUGUUGGUAGAAUUACCGAGGUGGCAAAUAAGAGGUGGAAGGUCGAUAUUGGCACAAAGCAAGAUGCAGUAUUGAUGCUUGGAUCAGUCAAUUUGCCAGGUGGGAUUUUGCGACGCAAAUCUGAAUCCGAUGAGCUUCAAAUGAGAAAUUUUCUUAAGGAGGGCGACUUGUUGAACUGCGAAGUGCAGACUAUAUUCAAUAAUGGUAUUGCAUCUUUGCAUACUCGUUCCUUGAAAUAUGAGAAAUUGCGAAAUGGAAUUUUCUUGAAAAUCCCUAGUUCAUUAGUGAUCAAAUCCAAGAACCAUAGCUACGACUUACCAGGAAAUGUGUCGGUUAUUUUAGGUGUCAAUGGCUACAUUUGGCUUUAUAAGACGAAAGCAAGCGUCUUUAGUGCAAACACAAGCGCAAAGAAUCAAGGUUCCACCACCGUGAAUCCCAAUGGGUCCAAAAUAACACAAGGAGUUAAGGACUAUACACCAGGACUGGGCUCUGUUUCCAUAACAAGGCUAGAAGAAGAGAGUUCGUGGGAGAUUUAUAGUGAUAAGAACGACGAAAUAAGCACAUUGAUUAGAAACAAUAUUGCUCGUUACUACAAUGUCAUUAAAGCCUUGGCAUAUGGCGAGCUAGGGAUUACCGAGCAAAGAAUCAUCAUGGGGUAUGAGGCAAGCUUAUCAUUUGCUAAUGUUGGUAGUUUGGUUGAUCGGGAAUCGAUGGAACUGUUGUGUCGUGAGGUGCUAAACAGCGAGAAAAUGAGAGGCCAAUAA